CAAAGAUAUGCAUUCCAACGCCUCAUGUCUCUUCGCAUCAACAAUAACGUGAGGUUGUAAUUUACCUAAGAUAAACAGUACGGCCCCUACAUGACUUUCCUUGAGAAUACAAAAAAGGAAGCAUGAAGAAAAAGCUAGAGGUUGAAGAUGAUGGUGUCAAGGACCUCGAAAUCAUCAAAGCAGUGGCACAAGCCUGGCACAGUCAAUCCGGGUGCACCAGGCCAACCAAUGAAUUCGAUGCCUACAGGCGAAAUUUCAGAGGCCAGCCUUCUAGGUUCAAGCUUGAAGCAAUGAGCAGGCCAUCGUCGGUCAAGGACAAUGUUGCUACCCCAUGUUGGGACUUCGGGCAAUCACUGUGGGAUUCAUAUGAGAUUGUCACGGUGGCCAAAAAGCUCGAGACCGGCCUGGUUUUUGAUGACCCUUUGACAGGGUUAGAAGAAGAUAUGAGUAGAGCUCAAAGGAAGCACAAGGAGGGUAAGAAUAGCCUUAGGAAUUUGCUCAAGCGGGUGACUUCGAGGAGAUUCAAUGAAGCUGAUAUUCCUCGUGAAAACAGGAAUGGGUUUUGAUCUGUUUUUUUGUUUUAUUAGCCUUUGGGUUUGUGUGAAAAUUGUGAACUGGAUUGUCAGCUCAACACAGAGCAGUUUUUCCUCCUGCAACUGUAAACAUGGAGAUGGUAGCUCUUUUUGAGCUAGGACUCUUCCUGGUCAUGACUUAUGGAGAUGCAAUCAUUUAUUUCUUCUCAAAGUGUAAUGCUUGCCAAUCAUCUUUCAUCUCAACCAAUAUUGUAAAGCUAAACCAAUUUGAUGUCUUCCUUACAUAAAUUUUCUUCAUUCACUUCACCAGUUGCUUCUUUUGCAGUACUCUAUGCUACUGCUCAUAAAGACUUGUUUAUGACAUAACUCUGUUGUUUUCUUUACAA